AUGUCACUAGUUACCAAGCACAAAGAGCUACAUGUUCACGCCAUCGUGGUCAGGUCAGCUAGAGGACGUGGUGUGAGACCAAGGCACGGGAAGAAGGCCUUCGCGUGCAACAUUCCCCCUGGUAUGUCCUGGAUGACUAAUCACUCAGAGAGAGUCCUGAGAAGACCAUGGUCGUGCAUCUUCGAUGAAGGCUACGUCUUCGACCUAUGUCCCCGGGCGCUGCAGGACAAACAGGUGAAACGUGGGCGCAUCAUCAAGGGUUUUUCCACUUACAAAAAGAUGGAUACCGAGAAUGCA